AUGUCCUUGGUUGACGGCGUUCUCGUCGCCAUCCCGCCCCCAGAAGGCUAUGUCGUCGACUUUGACAACCCGCAGCGUACCUCUGUCGAGGCUACGUACGUGAUCUGCGGAAUUGGAAUGACCUUGGCACUCUUCUUUCUCUUCCAGAGACUCUUUGUCAAGCUGUUCGUCAGGAAUAACUUUGGGAUCGACGACGUGCUCUUGAUCAUCGCCUGGGUUGGGUCAAUCACAAUUCAAGCCCUGUCUCUUCGCUCGUUCGCCGAGGGUUGGAUGGGAGUUCAUGGCUGGGAGAUUCCCUUUGAAAAAUUCCAAAAGGCCAUCCUUUGGGCAACCUACAUCAACUCGAUCGUCUACACCGUCCCGACAUGUCUAUCAAAAGUAGUCAUCCUCCUAUUCCUCCUCGAACUUAACAAGGGCCAGGCCUGGUACCGAUGGACAAUCUUUGGCACCAUCUUUAUCGUGUCUGCUUCUAGCAUCAGCAUCUUCUUCGCCUCGGUUUUCCCAUGCACGCCGUUCCGCAAAUCUUGGGAUCUGAAUAUUCCUGCGGAUGUAGGCUCUUGCAUCGAUCGACCGGCCAUGUUCCAGGCGACUGCAGGGUUGGGUGUCGCAACCGAUGUCUUGAUCAUUGCCAUCCCGAUACCCAUGAUCGUUGGGCUUCAUUUGUCGGCUAAGAAGAAGGCGGCUCUUCUGUGCCUGUUUGCCAUUGGCUCUGCAACCGUCAUCACGUCCAUGGUCCGACUCGCUCUCCUUAUCUCCCAGCUCGAUGCCGUCGACACAACAUGGGGCGGUGGCCCAAUCCACGCUUGGAUCUGCGUCGAAGCAAACCUCCUCAUCAUGUGUGCAUGCCUAUCGACACUCCGCCACUUCGUCAAGACGGUUGCUCCCCGCCUACUAUCGAGCAGCAGAGGAACCAGCACGGGCAAGUCAAAAACAGGCCACUCCUCGGGCCACGAGCUUCGAACUAUUGGAGGAGGCACAGGGGGAAGGUCGGCCAACAGGGCGCCCUACACCCAAUUCGACGACCCCUUCACCACAACGGCUGAAGCCGAGGGUGGCUUCGGGUGGCGACAGGAUGGAAAGUCAGGGAGCUUGGAUGACAAGUCAAGUAACGAUGAUGGGAGAAGUGACAAGGGGAUUCUCCAAACGACGACCAUGGUGGUGGAAUAUGAAGCUCGUGCGGUAUAA